AUGGAUACCUUCAUAUUCCCGUUCAACAAUGUUAGUGAUCUUGAACUGUGUAAUACUCUCCAUUAUACAACAUCCUUGGAUAACUUGGAAAAAGUAAAUUACUAUAAUUUCCCACCCAGUACCUCUGAUGUCACAAAUCAAACUGACCCAGACACAUUUCUCAGGUCUAAUUUAGGCCUCGAUAAUCCAGACUGCAAAUACUAUUUCAUUGAUUCUCAGCUUAGCAAUGUCCUCCAGCUGUCUAAAAAUGUGAUAUCUGUUAUGAGUCUAAACAUUAACAGCAUCCCUCUCCAUCUCGAUAUAUUCAUAGACCAAUGCUUACAUCCACUGAACUUCAACUUUGAUAUCUUGUCCUUCUGCGAAACAAAAUUAACUACAGAUAUACAACAUCUCUUUAAUGUACCUAAUUACAAUGCCUAUACCAACAAUUUAUCCCGCCAAAGUGGGGGUGUGGCCUUGUAUAAACGCAAAAUGGUCGGUGAGUCUACAUCUACACAAGUUUUAACGGAUCUAGAGAACUCCCUUAGAACAAACCACAUCGAGGAAGUUUACUUUAAAACAGCUUGUUAUGGAUUCAAUUUAGUUUUCGAAUAUCGAGAAGCCAUCGGUUAUAUUGCUCUUAGUCUUAAUCAUAGGAGUUUAAGGUUAGGCAAAGGCACACUAGUAAUCUUAGAGCUCUUAGCGGCCAUCUGUUUAGUGAAGGGAGGACAUGAAAUCAUUCUCAUUGCCUUCAGUAACUUCAAGGAUGUCUGCUCGGAGACACAACGUUUCCAGACACUCAUGAAUGACUUCUCAAACUAUGACUGUUUUUACAUUGAAUUCAUGGUGGCUUGUAUGCAGUUCAUCAACAUUGUGGAAAAACUAAGACACCAUGAGAGCAAAGAAUUACAGAUUCAGAUUUCUGCAUACCUCGAUAAUGUUUUCGACGUAGCUGCGCUCAUGGAAGACAGUGAAACGAAGAUAGCAGCACGGGAAAGGGUGGCAGAGCUGGAAGAUGAACUCUCACACGUAAGUCUUGUAAUAUCAGAUAAAGAGACUAUAAUACUUUUUUAUUGUUAUUGUUAUAUGGAGGAUGAAUAUAACGUCAUUGUAUUCUCUCUUCUCAGAUUCUUUAAACAUUUUUUAAAUAAAAAUUUUCUGCAAGUUCAGGAGGAAGUGUCAACUCUACGAAGGGAAGUGAACCAGAAGAGGGAGUCACGGCAAAGACAGUCGUUAUUGGAGAAGCAGAUUGUAGAACUCGAAACACUUGCUCGCUCAAAAUCUCAAAAAAACAGACCAGCUCUUCCCCCCCCACCUCUACUACCUCCCCCUAGGGUUGGGAUGGCCCCUGCUCCACCACCACCACCACUUCCAGGUACCGGUGGUUGCCCACCUGCACCUCCCAAGUUGCCGUUUGGUAUCAUGGGUGGCCCCAGACCCCCUCCACCCAUACCUCCAUCCAUGGCAUCUGCUGUCAUGUCUCCUCCUGACUCCAUGACCAUCAAGAAGGUCAACACCAAAUACAAUCUUCCGACGCUCAACUGGGUGGCAUUAAAGCCUAACCAGGUGAGAGGGACAAUCUUCAACGAACUAGACGACGAGAAGCUCUUUAACUGAAUAGACUUCUCUGACUUUGAAGAGCACUUUAAGAUUGGACAAGGAGGCCCGAGAUUGGCCAAUGGGACGUUUCAGAGGUGGACGCACUCCCAUGGAUUUGGGAGCAAGAGAUUCAAGAAGCCUGAAUUAACCUCCUUGAUGGAAGGCACACGGUUUGCGAAAUAUUGUCUUACGUAUGAGUACGGAUAUGGAAGAAGAUGUAGAAAUUGUAUUCAUCAAUUAUGGAGAAUAAAGGAAGAAGCAACAACGAUAGUCUUUUCUCCAGAACCCAUAGAAGUAUUCAUUCAUGAUAUUGUAGUGACCUGGAUUGCAGCCUCCACGUCAAAUGACCAUCCGAGCGGCAUCCGAACGUUUGGCGCCACCGAGAUGUUCAAGGAUGCCUGUUGCCCCAGCGCUAGUUUCCCACAGGGGAUUCUGCAGCCUACCUUUGUUCUGAAAGCGCCGCUCUGGACUGUUGAUUUUCGAGAACCGGUUGUUUGUCAUUACAAAAACCCCCACUGUGAAUCGGCCCACCUCAACCUCCGGUCGCCUAAGAUAAGUACAAGUGAGGAAUUUUAG